CAAAAGAAAAAAGAAUAAAAAAACCAGCAUUAUCUUCAUUCAAGAAUGGAUUUUACGAAUUAGAAGAUUAUUUGGUUCAGCCUAAAUCGAAUCAUUCUGUAAUCUGGCCACGAACCUUUUCUUCUGUAAAGCCGGCUGAUAAAUUCCAGCCUAUCGAUGAUGAUAAUGCACUUAUUAAAGGAGCUAAUUUGGUUAUUGCAAAAUGUGGGUGGCUCGAGAUUGGAACUAUCGGGAAGGGGUUUAUGAAUUUUAAUGCGCAAUUAUCUGAAGAAUGCCCUAUAUGUGACGUUAAACAUGAAAAAAAUCAAUUAUACGGGUUUCUUCUAAAAGACGGACGUUUUAUACUCAAAUGUUUUCGGCAAAAACAAUAUAAACCAGAUCACAAAGGGUUAUUAUUUGGUGAAGCAACGAGAGCAGUUGAGUUACCUAAACAAAAUAUUAUCAAAAGAAUAGCCAAUGCUGUAUCAAAUCCACGUCCACUUCCUGAAUUAGCCGGAGAAAUUAUUAACGUGAAGGAAAUGGAAGAUGCACCAGAAGCUUAUCCGGAUUUCUUGAGCGAAAAAUCUAGUACAACUCUUAUCCGCUCUCCUAUGAUGACAGGAAAAACAAAAGGUCUAAGAAUAAUUAUCGAUUCAUCGACUAAAUAUGGCGCAAAUUUACCUUCCAUUAUUUGGAUCUCUUAUCGAAAAACUUCUAACAAAUGGGAUGUUAUUAUAGUCCAAGUUGAAAGCCUUUCUCGUAUCGAAUUCUCAGCAUGUCCGAUUGUAGCUGUUUUGGAUGAAAUCAAUGCAAUUUUUCGCCAAAUGAAUAGUGGUGCAAAAGCAAGAGAAUCCGAGAAUGCAAUGUGUGAUGUGUUAAAAUCGACCCAACAUGUUUUAGCAAUGGACGCCUUUGCAAACGAGUCAACAUUAGCCUUCCUCAAAGCCUAUCGUGGUGAAAAUAUCCAAGUAAUUGAUAAUAAAUUUCAGCCUCUUAUAGGUAAGACUGUUGAGUAUCUUUAUGAUCCAAAUAGCGGGGCUGAAGCUAUGCGAAUAGGAUUUGAGUUUCUAGAACAAGGUAAACGCGUAGCAUUUGUUGUAACUAGCUCUAACAUGGCUCGAGCAUUAGUAAAAAAGGCUUCUAAAUUAUCUUUUAAAGCUCGUGCCUAUUAUGGAGAUAUGGAUGGAAAACAACGAAAAAAAGACUUUUUAGAUAUUAAUACUGCUUGGGGCGAACUCGAUUGUGUAGCUUAUACAAACACAGUAGAAGCGGGCAUUUCUUUCGAGAAACCUAAUCACUUUGACAUAGUUAUAGGCAUUACAAAUAUUGGAACUCCAGUUAAUGUCGAAUCAUUUAUCCAGAUGAUGUUCAGAAUUCGUGAUUGUGAAAAGCGUAUACUUUCUCUCUAUUAUCAAAAAAUUUCCAAUGAGCUUUCUCGCCCACCAGGUCAUGAAAAUAUUUGUGCAGAACUUGCAGUUGCUCGGCCCAAUGAUUCGCCUACAGCAAUUAAAGAGCAUCGUGAAUGGGAUAAAGAUAGCGUUUCCUAUAAACUUGAUCAAUCCCCCGCUGUAACAUCAUUUGUUGAGGUUGAACAUCGGAAACGUCUCUCUGCAAGAAAUUUUAUCGAGAUUUCAUGUAGCCUUAUUUCAAGUACUGGAGCAAGUCUUAAAUUAAUAAAAAUGGACGAAAAUAAAGAGAUUAUAGGGAAUCGUAAAAAAGUUCGUAAUGAGAUUAAGGCUGAUGCAGUCGCCACUUCUCGAAAUCUUGUUCUUGAGGAAGCUGAAUCCCUUAAACUUGAUUCAGAACGUUCAGUUGCAGAUACUAUGGCACUUAAGCGUUUUUAUAUGUGGAAUCUUUAUGGCGGAAAUGAUAUGAGUAUCGAGACUUGGAAUAAACUCUGCAAUAAAGAACUUGUGGAGCGCUUCUGUCCACCUGAACCUAGGAAACAUUUCUUGCGUCUGUCCCAUUUUCGCAAACAAGGUUAUGAUGAAAACAGUGCGAUAGAAGGAUUAAAGGCCAAGGACAUUGCGCAAUGGGAAAAUACUUACUAUAAUGCUAAAGAUAAUUUUGAGGAUUCAGUAGCAAAGGUCUUACGUAAGACAUAUUCAGCGAAUCAUUGGGAAGCUGUACGAGAGCUUUUCCAAUCAUUGGGUUUUACUGGUAUAGAUGAUGAUCGAAUUCUCUCUGAUAAUCAAGUGAAAGUUGCAUUUGAGACAUCUCGUGAAAGGUUUAUAGAAAUUCGAAAUCAAUCUUUAUUGCUCUUUGGCUUUAAAUCUCAUGCAAAAGAAAUGCCGGAUCUUAAAUCAGCUAUAAAGGCCAUUAAUGCAAUUGCUGGCAACUAUUGUGGUUAUACUAUAAAAAGCAAACGAAAAUUGAUAGGAUCUAAAGAACAGAGAGUUUGGAAAUAUUCAUGCCAAGUUGACCAAAAUCCAUAUAAAGGACUUGGUUUUGAUAAUCAAGAUGAAAUAACUAGGUAUUCACGCGAUCCUAUAGUUCCAGUUCUUCCAUCAUAUAAGCCAAAGAUAACUGAUGAGGUUCAGAAUCUUUUUGAUUCCAUACCGAUUACCAAUAAUAAAAACACUACUUCAGAAUCUAGUGAAGGGAUAUUGGCACAUUCAACUAAUGAUUCAUCUCAG